UCCCCAAUUCUCACCCUUUUCGUCAACUCGACUCGCUCCCUCGAGAAAUCAGUCAUUUUCGCGAUUCCCGAGAAAACUGACGGUUUGAAUCGCCCAUGGGAGGCUCUCACAGCCGCGAAGAUCUCGAGAUCGAUUCCUCCGACGAGGAGGACGGCGGCGGCGGCGGCGGCGAGUCCUGUCACGAGGAGUACGAAGACGCCGAGGAAGAGCAGCGCCGCCACCAGAAGGAGCCUCACCGGGCCUCUUCCUCUUCAGGUACUACUUCUCAAUCCCUGAACUCGCUGGACGAGAUCGACGCGCGGCUGAAGUCUCUCAGGGUCAAGUACCCGGCGGCGGCGCGGCCGCCGGAUUUGAAGAAUCCGGUCAAGCUGUACCUCCACAUCGGCGGGAACACGCCGAAAGCGAAGUGGAUCGUUUCCGAUAAGCUGACGUCUUAUAGGUUUGUGAGGACGUCUAGUGUCGACGGCGGCGGCGGCGGCAGCGAUGACGAUGAUUGCGAGGAGGAGGAGGAGUCGGUCGGCCGCGGGGAGGGGUCCUGGUGGGUUUUGAAGGUGGGGUCGAAGGUGCGCGUUAGGGUUUCCAGCGAUAUGCAGCUGAAGAUGUUCGGCGAGCAGAGGCGCGUGGAUUUUGUGAGUAGUGGCGUUUGGGCGAUGAAGUUUUUCACUAACGAGGAGUAUCGGAGCUUCGUGACGAGGUUUCAGGAUUGUUUGUUUGAGAAUGUGUAUGGGCUGAGAGCAACUGAGGGGAAUAAAGAGAAGGUUUAUGGGAAGGAGUUCCUUGGGUGGGUUAAGCCCGAGGUGGCGGACGACUCGGUGUGGGAGGACGCGGAGAAUGAUCUGAGGAAGAGCCCAGAGCUGUCGUCGCGUAAUCAUCCGAAUCCGGACUUGAUGGAAGAGUUUGAGGAGGCUUCAAAUGGCGGAAUUCAGAGUUUGACUCUCGGUGCAUUGGAUAAUAGCUUCUUGGUCAAUGAUUUGGGGGUUCAGGUGUACAGGAAUUCGGCGCAUGGGAUUAGAGGGAAAGGCGUUCAUGUGAGAUACGACAGUGGGAACAAGAAAGUGGGUUCAAGCUUGUCGGAGAUGACCCCAAAGAAGGCUAUGUUAAUGAGGGGAGAGACUAAUAUGAUGUUGAUGAGUCCUUUGAAGGAAGGGAAACCCCAUGCUACAGGGCUUCAGCAAUUGGAUAUUGAGACGGGGAAAAUUGUGACUGAAUGGAAGUUUGAAAAGGAUGGGGCAGAUAUUACGAUGAGAGAUAUUACGAACGACACUAAAGGCUCGCAGCUGGAUCCCUCGGAAUCGACAUUUUUAGGGUUGGACGAUAAUAGGCUCUGUCAGUGGGAUAUGAGAGACAGGAGAGGGAUUGUGCAAAAUAUUGCGAGUUCGAAUUCUCCUGUUUUGCAAUGGACUCAGGGUCACCAGUUUUCACGGGGAACAAACUUCCAGUGCUUUGCGACCACCGGGGAUGGCUCGAUUGUUGUCGGUUCCAUUGAUGGUAAGAUAAGGUUGUACUCCAAGACUUCGAUGAGGCAGGCCAAAACUGCAUUUCCAGGGCUUGGUUCUCCGAUUACACAGGUUGAUGUGACUUACGAUGGAAAGUGGGUGCUGGGAACAACGGACACGUACUUGGUUCUUAUAUGCACUCUGUUCACCGACAAAGAUGGGAGGACGAAAACUGGAUUUACUGGUCGCAUGGGAAACAAGAUUCCAGCUCCACGAUUGUUGAAGCUGACUCCGUUGGAUUCACAUUUGGCCGGCGAGAACAAUAAGUUCCAUGGUGGCCACUUCUCAUGGGUUACUGAGAAUGGUAAACAAGAAAGGCAUCUUGUGGCGACGGUGGGAAAAUUCAGCGUGAUAUGGGACUUCCAGCAAGUGAAGAACAGCGCGCACCAGUGCUACCGGAAUCAGCAAGGCCUUAAAAGCUGUUAUUGUUACAAGAUUGUGCUGAAGGACGAAUCCAUAGUUGAAAGCCGCUUCAUGCACGACAAGUUUGCCGUCAGCGACUCUCCAGAAGCUCCAUUGGUGGUGGCAACCCCCAUGAAAGUUAGCUCCAUCAGUCUCUCUGGCAGGCGAUAGUACAGUUGAUUUCUGAAUCAUGUAUAGAAUAGAAGUUUUUUUUCCCUUGUGGUGCGCAAAUGAUGUAAUUAGAUCUCCCUUCUCUUCAUUUUCUCUCUGUGUUGUCCUUCUCUGACCUUUGAGUUGUGUGAUUCAUAAAAUUUGCUGACUUACCUCUUUUUAACCCGAGUGUGAAUGAAGAUGAUCUAACUUUUUUUAUGAA